AUGGAGUCAAAAGCGAAAAUCAAAUCCCACGUUCUGAUGUUUGGACUUUCAGUCAAUUUACUUUUGACGCUAUGUUCACUCGGUUUUACGUGCUAUUCUUUGAAUCGAUUAGAUUCACGUCUAACAGCAGUUGAACAGAAUCAAUUGCUUCAAAAUCCUCCUCAUCAGCCUGCCAACCAAGUAAUAACCAAGCCAACACAUGCUCAACUGCGUCGCAGUGGAUCACAAACGAGGGACACUAUACGCUUCAAAAGGGCUUCCGAUAGUCAGUCUAUAUGCCAAAAGUGUAGCAACAUCUGUUCUUACCCCCACGAUGCCCGGAAGAAUUCGACAGAACAACACACCCUGCAAAAAGUAAUUUGUGUAAAUGGUCGUGAAGUACCACAAGGUCCACCUGGUCCUCCUGGGGUACCCGGUGCCCAAGGUGCUCGUGGCUCACCAGGAACGUCUGGCCCUAGGGGCCCGGAGGGACCAUGGGGACCUCCUGGAAAAAAUGGGAAGAGGGGAAAGAAGGGAACUAAAGGCGUCGCUGGUCGGCAAGGGAAGCGGGGCACUAGAGGACCACCAGGACCACCAGGACCACCAGGACCACCGGGAUUAUCAAAACCACCGGUAACCCCUGGGAAAUCGUCGCAACACGUCGCAAAUGUUAGCAGUGGAGGUUCCCUAGAAUUACCAUACUUCGUCACAAAGCCUCCAUCUUCCUGGACGGUCAAGGAGAAGCAAAAUGUGAGAUUACCUUGUGAAGCGGGUGGCUUUCCCCCGCCAGUAAUUACAUGGUAUAAGAAUGGAUACCCGAUAAAAGAUGCGAGAAGGCAGUUUAAGGAACGCAAUUUGGAAAUAAAGGAAAUUGUCUUCGAGGAUCGUGGAACUUAC